UGACAGCUUUUCAUUCAUGGCUUUGUGGUGCUGUUUUAUUGCUUUUUUGUAACAAACGUAAACAACUGACGAAACAAAAAGGGUUUUUACCACAUCGCAUAAAAUUGGCGUAGCAUUUGGGCACAUUGAUAUUACAUCCUUCGAAAAACAGAUACACGUUACCGUUGCAAAUUAUCUAAAAUGCAGCGCAACCUAACCCAAUCCAAAGAAGCCCUCUUGAAAUCCUACAAUUCCCGGCUGAAGGAAGACAUUCGGAGCAUGCGAGAAAAUUUCGAGGAAAUAAUUCGGCUUGCUAAAGGAGAAAAUGAUACACAACUAUCAAAGAUAACGCAAUGCGAACAGGACACGUAUGAAACCCAAGUUCGGGCGGCAAACAUUGUGCGGGCUGGCGAGUCGCUGAUGAAACUCGUGUCAGACAUUAAACAAUACCUCAUCCUAAACGAUUUCCAUUCGGUCAAUGAAGCUAUCUGCAGCAACUCCACGCUCUACCGUACCACACAAAUAGAUCGCGACAACAAGUUGAUGGCCGUCCGGGACGACAUGGCGGCCGAUCUGUACGAUCUCGAGGAAGAAUACUAUACGAGCAUAUACAAGUGAAAUGAUAGGUUUAUUUUCUUUAAUAAUAUAUAACACUGCACGAUCGAUGCGAUAUUA